CGCGUGUGUGAGAUUCAAUCUCCGUUGACAGACCGAGAAUGACGCGAGCCGUGGCCCAUUUAAAAAAGUUCAUUAAAAAAAUUUUUAGUUACACGCUUUUUAAGUAGACCGUUCAUUUGCAUUCAAGGAGUGUUAGAGAAUCGCGGUAAUUUUUGCUAAAUGGUUUGUGGUUUCAAAUUAACGUUUGAGUGUGUCUAUUUGUUAUAUAUUCGAUGGUGCUUCAGGUAAAACGAUUACUUAUAUUCUUUAUCAGAGUCAUAAUAAAAUGCGUUCCAUUUUGAUGUAAACAAACGUUAAUUUGCUCUGGGUCCGCGAAAAUAUCUCUAAUAGGUUAUCGGUCACCAAAUUUCCAACAUAAUUACUUAACAAAUAAAGAUGUCAAACGCAAACACCAAAGCGAAUAACAUCAAACGGUGCAAAUCGCGUAUCUUCAUGUAAGUAUAUGCAAAUGUAUGACCGUUGCAACCGGACAGACGUCACCCCACUAUACGUUACGGCUAUCACUGUAUGCAAAUUGCAACUGCGAGGUGAAACGAACACGCGUUUGUAGACAGUAGGUACUUGAACUUGACUCGAGGUGUUGAACGCAACUGACAUUUAGAACCACGUCUUUCACUCUCACGAUCAAACAUGAAUGGAUAGGUGUAAGAUAAGAAAACAUAACUGUUUUAUUGGCCGAAUUUUCCUCAUGAAAAUAUUUCUUAAGUACGUGGAUUACGUCAUCAUAUGAGCUUUGAGUCGGUUCGGUUUUCGAAGAGUUAGUUAAAGUUGCGAAGGUGUGGCGCCCGAGUCGGUACCGGUGGCUGUCGGCCGCUGACAGCUCGAUGCUGGACAGCGAAGAAGAGUCACCUUUUGUCGUCAUAUCGCUGCCUGUGUACUCCACUGAGCCUUUUGCGGCAAGUUACGGCAAAAAGAACGGCAUGUGGUACGGAGGCACUACGACCGGGACCAGCGCUUGGUCGCGAGCUGGGACCCGCAAGCAAUCGGUCGCGGAGUCCGACGCUCCUCCCCCGGGCGGCGGCAAGCCGGCUAGUGGUCGCGUCAUCAGGAUCAUUAAUAAUAUGGAUCAUUCUAUACAGUGUCGUGUGUUAUUGAACUUGCGUACGACUCAGCCAUUUGAAGAAGUGCUGGAAGAUUUGGGUCAAGUGUUAAAGAUGAGCGGCGCAAAGAGAAUGUACACAAUUACAGGACAGGAGGUGAGAAGUUUCUCUCAGCUUCGCAAUGAGUUCGCCGAUGUGGAGACAUUUUACUUGGGAUCAUUGAUGGUGGCUCCCGCGUUGAGUCCUGGAGUCAGUGCCCCACUACCUAUUGAGUCGCCUAUCAGAAGAUCUCGAUCACGGGGCAACGUGGCAGCCGCCCCGAUUUCCGAAGACAUGCGCGGAAGACGCGCGCGGAGCAAAAGCCGACCGCGCGUCCUUUACGCACCUGAAGGAGAAAUUGUUCGUAAUUCAGACUACACACUACUGGAAGUUCUCAAAGAGGAACCGAUCCGGGUGACGAUAAGAGGUCUUCGGCGCACCUUCUACCCUCCGAUACACCACGCACCGAUCGACAACUCUCCGCCUGAAAAGAAACUACAACUCGAUUGGGUCUACGGCUACCGUGGAUCCGACUCCCGUCGCAACCUGUGGGUAUUACCCACGGGAGAACUCCUGUAUUACGUCGCAGCCGUCGCGAUAAUGUACGACAGAGACGAGGAAUCACAGCGACACUACAUCGGACACACAGAAGACAUACAGUGCAUGGAACUGCACCCAUCCCGCGAGCUGGUAGCGAGCGGUCAGCGCGCAGGCCGGGGGCGUCGUGCGCAGGCGCACGUGCGCAUCUGGAGCACGGAUACCUUGCAGACUCUGCACGUCUUCGGCAUGGCAGAGUUUGAGGCAGGAGUGUCUGCUGUCGCGUUUUCGCAACUUAAUGGUGGUAGUUACGUAUUGGCAGUAGAUGCCGGCCGCGAGAGCAUUCUCUCCGUCUGGCAAUGGCAGUGGGGACAUCUACUUGGCAAAGUCGCUACGCUUCAAGAGGAGCUUACCGGUGCUGCCUUCCAUCCACUCGACGAUAACUUGCUAAUUACUCACGGAAAAGGACAUUUGGCGUUCUGGAAUCGCAGAAAAGAUGGAUUCUUCGAACGAACUGAUAUUAUCAAACCGCCUUCUCGUACACAUGUUACGGCAUUGCAGUUUGAGCAGGAUGGCGAUGUUGUAACAGCUGAUAGUGAUGGUUUUAUCACAAUAUACAGUGUGGACAGCGAUGGAGCAUACUUUGUCAGAAUGGAGUUUGAGGCCCACAUCAAAGGAAUUAGCUCCCUAGUUAUGCUUUCCGAAGGUACUUUAAUAUCAGGAGGGGAAAAGGACAGGAAAAUAGCUGCUUGGGAUUCUCUUCAAAAUUAUAAGAGGAUAACCGAGACAAAGUUGCCCGAAUCCGUUGGAGGUGUACGUAGUAUUUACCCUCAGAGACCAGGGAGAAAUGAUGGUAACAUAUACGUUGGCACCACUCGAAAUAAUAUCAUGGAAGGUUCUUUACAACGAAGAUUUAACCAGGUUGUAUUUGGACAUCACAAACAACUGAUGGGCUUGGCCGUACAUCCAGACGAUGAAAUGUUUGCCACUGCAGGACAUGAUAAAAAUAUUGCGUUAUGGAAAGGACACAAACUAGUGUUUGCUACUCAGGUUGGAUACGAGUGUGUAUCCCUGGCGUGGCAUCCGAGUGGAGGCGCGUUAGCUGCUGGAAGUACAGAAGGCCAUCUUGUAGUUCUAAAUGCUGACGCAGGUGCUCACGUAGCCACCCUAAGAGUUUGUGGCUCACCUCUCAGUUGUUUGGCAUACAACUCCGCUGGUGACACUCUGGCCAUAGGCUCUCAAAACGGCAGCAUUUAUUUGUUCCGAGUAUCCCGCGAUGGCUUUUCAUACAAAAAAUCGAACAAAAUCAGAGGGGCUCAACCUCUCGUGCAAUUGGAUUGGAGUCUAGACGGCAAUUACUUACAAACUGUUACUGCUGAUUACGAUCUGGCCUUUUGGGAUAUUAAAUCUUUAUCACCAGAAAAGAGUCCGAUCGCUAUGAAAGAUGUGAAAUGGUCCACAUACAACUCCACUGUAGGAUUCCUUGUAUCAGGGAUGUGGAACAACCGAUUCUACCCAAUGACUACAUUGAUAUCGACAGCGAGUCGGUCGGCUGCUCACGACCUUCUCGUAAGCGGUGACUUGGAUGGAUACGUGCGCCUGUUUAGAUAUCCAUGCGCAAGUCCAAAAGCAGAAUACAAUGAAAUGAAAGUGUACAGCGGAGCGAUAUACAGCGCUCGCUUCUUGUUCAACGACCGGUGCAUGAUCAGCGCCGGAGGAACCGAUGCCGCCCUCAUGCUGUGGGACCUGGUGGAUGAUUAGCAUCAAGUAGCGCAGGGUCUGCGGCCGCCUGCGGUUGUGGUAGCUCCCCCCACACCCUCGCCCCCGCCCCACGCGCUCGUCUCCCAUCCCACUUUCAAAGUGCUGGAUUUUGAUGAACUUGAUUGAACCAUGUUCGAAAGUCUUGAGGGCUCUAUUUGAUGAUAUGGGUUUACCGUUAUUAUGAGGUUACUCCCCGAAUGUUAACUUCACAAUGAAACAUAUCUCUGUACUAGGCUGUUAAAUGACAAGUAUCAAGUACAUAUCAGAUAUUCUUGAAAAACGAACACGACACUUCGACCUUUUUGACACAUAAAUACCAGAGGUUUUAAGAGAAUUUAUCUAUUGUAUUUAAGUUACGUAGGUUUACAUGACACUGCCAUUCUAAAGUUGCAUAUAUUUAUAGGUGCAUAGUUAUUAAUCACGCUAUGUUAUUAAGUCAAAAUUAUAUUCGAAAAGUAUAUUUUAGAAUAUAGCACAGUAAGGUCAAAAUGUAAAACAUUUUAUCUAAGAGAGUGCAAGCAUUUUAUGGAAUUGGUUACCUAAUGGUGCUGGUAAUAUAAGUAACAAAUAUUGAAAAUUAUUAUAGUGGUAUUUCAUGCAAUAUUCAUUCUUUUAUAGUCAUGAUAAUGUUUUGUUAUUUUGAAUUAAGCCUGUAACACUGCAUGCGUUCCAUUAAAAUUAGCAAAAACAAAUGUAGUCAAACGCACAAUUUACAUACAUAUAAAUAAAUAUAGGUUUAUAAUAAAAUAAAAAGAAAACACGAGGACUUCCGGAAUGUGGCAGGCCACAAAGAAAAAUUUUGUACAUUCUCCUUUCGUUCUUCCUUUUACACCAAAUAUCUUACGAAAUGAAUUUCCUAUAUUGAAAAAGUUAUUAUUAUUUAUAUUUACACGGUACAAACUAAUAAAGAGAUUUAAAAAAGUAUUAUGUAUACAAAAACACUGUUAAAGUUUGUGAAACAUAAUUUAUUGUGUCAUAUUUAUGUGAUAGGGUGAAGCAAAAAUAAUAUUACUAUUUGACAUAGCUAUUGUAGCUGUUUUUAUUAUCGUUGUAUUACAUUAAUGGGCUCUAAGACACUCUGAAAACUGGACGCCGUCUUCAGUACUUGUACAAUUUAUUGGAAUUAAAAAGUCCUAAGUCCAAGUAUACCCUUCUCUUAGUUUUUUUAUGAAUCUCUUCUAUAUUGUGUAUAAUAAGUAAACUACUUAUUUUAACAAAAAUGUUCUAGUAAAACUAAGAUGUUAUAAUGAUACCAUCACAUUUCACUAUUAAAAAGCUUCUCCACUACAAUAAAAUAACUACAUAAUAUAUAGUUGUAGCUUUCAAUUUAUGAAAUAAUAUGUAAAAUAUUAAUUAUCAUUCAUGAUACAUUUAUUUAGGUAAUGAUGCAAACUGAAAAGAAUUUAUUCAUAGUUGUGUCCAUAUACUUAUUUGAUAAUUAUUUUACGUAAGUACUAUCUUAUUUUACAAAGUUAUUUCUUAAAAGUAUGUAGACAUAUUUUAUUUAAAUACUUUUUAAAUUUCAUGACUGAGUUGCAUAGAAUUUGUUAUAGCCUCGUUAAUUCAUACUUAACAUAAUAUUUUGCGAAACAAUCUGUUUUUAUAUACAUAAUAAUUGAUAAAUCAAUAAAAUAAUGUCAGUUGAAAAUUAUAAA